AUUUUGACGCAAGCGCGCUUUUAGCAUUUUAAACUCAAAGCAACGGUUUUGCAGAUUAAUCAGUGCUUCAUCCUCCUCGAAGUUUGUUUUUGUGGCCUGAAAACUGGUGAAAUUUUUACAAAAACCAUGGCGGAGGCAUAUGAUGCUAUAAACGCCCGACAAUACUUCGAUUUUUGUCAGGAUCAAGACGACCCUAACGACUCCUACUUUGGUGAGUUUAACACAAGUCUUUUUGUGGUUUUACACAUUUUUUUAGAAAAAAAUGGCACGGAAAACGAUCCAUUCGAGGAAAACGCCAUUCGCAAUGGAGAAGUGUUCGAACAGGAGUUGUCUGAUGCGGAAAGUGACCAUUUUUAUUCUCCCAUGGAGAAUCCAGCGUUGAAUAACUCCACCGUUUAUUUGAAAUGCCGACUAAGGAGAUCUCUAAGUAUGGGUAAUUUAAAAGUUGAUAAAGUGCCAAAUCAAAAUGGACUUGAACGUGCCAUGGAUGAGUUAUGUCUGAAUGAUCAUCCACCCCCAAGACCCAAUUCCACUUGUUCCCUCAACAGCCGAAAAACAGUCUCAAGGGACCACAUCAAUAGAUUAGCCCAACCUAAACGUUACACAUCCCACGAUAACUUGUCUCAUAAUUCGUCCAUGACUUUAGCAGAAGCCGUCAAUAAAUUCCAAUCCGGGACCCCCAAACGUUUCCGUUCAAAACCCAACAACAAAAAACUCGCACUCACUAAACCACACACCCCCAAAUUCCUCACAAACACUCGAGUACGUCCAGUCACAGCCCUCUCGAAACAAGAACAAGAAGAACGCGAGUUUGAAGAGGCGAAAAAGUUCAAGAUUAAAGCAAAUCCCGUGAACAAGAAAGUCUUGAGGGGGCCCUUGAAGCCCCCUGUGGACAAAAAACCCGCAACUGUGGUCGAACCGUUCCACUUGACCGAAGCGAGGAAGAAGUCCGAGGAGGAGCCCGAUACAACAGCCCCCGUAUUCAAGGCCCAACCAGUGCCCAAAAGCUUGCACAACCCGUUUAAAGUCCAGCCGAAAGGACAGGCCCCGACCAAACCCGAAUCCCCCAACUUUUGCAAGAAAGCCCCCAAAGCGAAACCAACAGUUGCGAAACCAGAGGAGGCUCCGAAAGUCGUCUUCAAACCGACGAAUACCCAAGUCGUGCCUUUCAGCUUCGAGCAACGCGACAAACAACUCAUGAAGAAGAAGGAAGAAUUCAUUAGUAAAGUCCUGGAGGAGGAGAAGAAAGCCCGCGAGUUUCACGCAAGACCAGUCCCGAGGACCAUCCUCCGGUCGCGGAACAACAGUCAGGACAACAUUAGCGAUCCUGGAUCAAAAUCAUUCAAACGAAGCACCGAGGAGUUGAAUAUUGGAAGUUUCAAAGCGCGACCUGCCAAAGUCUUGACUAUGAAGCCGUUCGAGCCGAAAAAGUGCGAAAACCACGGAAUUGUAGUCGAAGAAUUCCAGUUUUCCACCAAUGAGAGACUUGAAAAGCGACGCGAGUUUGAGGAGGCCCUCAAAGCCAAAGAGGCGGCAAAAGAGGCCAAACAGCGGCAGGCCGAGGAGCUAUUGAGGAGGCGGGAGGAAGAGGAGGUGGCGAGGUUGAGGAAACAAGCCGAACUGAAAGCCCAACCCAUUAAAAAAUACAAGGAGGUGACCGUUAAGCCCGCGAAGAAGUGCACAAACCCAGUGAGCCCCAAAUUCCACACUAGGGACAGGAACAAGGAGAACAUCCACUAGUGAUUUUACUUAUUUGAUUGUGUUACUUCUUAUUUACCAUUUAUUUUAUUUUAUUUCGUUAUAAACUGUACAAAUACAUUGAUAGAGUGGGGUAAAAGCUAGAAGUACACACUUGGGCGCAGGCUCCGCCCAGGUGUGUACUAGUUUUUACCCACUAUACUUAACUACAUA